AUGGUGAUCCUAGUAGGUUCAACCUUCUUGCUACCCGUAAGCCAUUGGCUGAAAAAGAGCAACUGUAUUUUUUUAAAAAUUGUGGAGUUGGAUGUCAGUAAGCUAUUGGAAAUCGUAGUUGUUUCAGCUCCACUAAUAGUAUUUAAUACACAUCUCGACACAGUACCUCCGUAUAUUCCGCCUACAGAAGACAAAAUGAAUAUCUACGGUCGUGGCUCGAAUGAUGCUAAAGGACAGCUUGCUUGUAUGAUCUCCGCUGCGAAAUUCUUAGUAGAAUCUCAUCCAGCUGUCGCAGAUCGGUUAGCUCUACUGUUUGUCGUUGGUGAAGAAGUGGAUCACAUUGGAAUGACGAAAGCGAAUGACUUCGUUGGAUUGAAUCCCGAUUACUUGAUAGUGGGUGAGCCAACGGAAAUGAAGUUUGCCACAAUCCAGAAAGGCGCGCUAAAAGUGAUAGUACGAUGUAAGGGCAUCGCCGGUCACUCUGGAUAUCCUUCCCAAGGAAAGAGUGCGAUUCACAUGCUUAUACCAGUGUUGAACGAUAUCCUCAAUUACGAAUGGCCUAGUGAUGCAGUUCUUGGAUCGACAACGGUGAACAUUGGAAUCAUAGAAGGAGGACAAGCUCAAAAUGCGUGGGCAGAGAACGCUCAUGCGAGGAUUUUCUUUCGUGUCACAACUUCCGUAGCAGAUAUUCAAGGGAAGCUUGAGUGCAUUGUUGGAGGUAUUUUCCUGCUUGUUUACAAAACUUGGAUGUUAAUUUAA